CCACACCAAAAUCUUAUACUUCUUUCUCCCUCCUUUACUUUCCUCUAGUUUCGUUCUAAGUAUGCUCUGUGGUUGCGGCUAAGUCCGAUCUUCCGCAUCAGAAAGAAUUACUAGAGUUAGUUUUUGUUUUGUUUUGUCGAUACUCUCGCUAGCUUUUCGGCAAAAAAUGGACGAAGAGGCUUUGAGAAUGGGUGCUGAGAUAUACGACCCUCGAUUGUAUAUCGAUCCUGGCCCAAGGGAUCGAAGGUAUUUAACCGGGCAAGAUCAACAUCGCUCCCGUUCAAUUUGGAACAAUAAUCCGGAAUCACUUAUUCCCAUCGCUCAUCGAGGAACAUGUCGAUUGCCCCGUUGGCAUGAUCGACUGCAGCCCUAUAUAGAGAGGACGGGAUUGCACAUGCUGAGGCACUUUACGAGGCUUGAUAUUGACAACGAUCUGCUGACGGCAAUGGCAGAGCGAUGGCGCCCCGAGCUGCAUACCUUCCACUUUCCCGAGGGUGAAAUGACGAUCACCCUCAAAGAUGUUGCCAUCCUCAUCGGGCUCCCGUUCACCGGAGAUGCCAUCAUCGACAGCUCGAAAAAACCGGAUGAUGGUUGGGGGCCGUUGAUUCUAGAGCGUUUGGGGUUCAACAUGCCGACCACCACUCCCGUCGACGGGCAUGGGCAUCCACCACUGAAUGCGGGGCAAGUAUCGGUCCCGUGGCUUGUUGACCACAUCCAAAUGGAGGUUAACAUAGGCCCCGACACUCCUGAAGAUCAGGUGGAGCGGUAUGCACGUGUCUACCUAAUUGGUUUGGUUGGUGGGUUUCUGUUCCCCGACAAGUCAAACCGGUGGAUACAAGGCAUGUGGUUAAAUAUGCUCCUCGGUGACUGGGACGAGAUCGGGAGAAAAAGUUGGGGGUCGGCCGUCUUGGCUGGGAUCUACCGAGAGUUGUGUACUUGCUCGAGGUUGGGAGCGAAACAAGCUGGUGGUGCGAUGUUCAUACUACAACUCUGGGCAUGGGAGCAUCUUCCGUUUUUAGCACCUCGAGACCCUCGGGAAUUCUGGUUGCCAGACGAUGAGCUACGAUUUGUAGCAAAUCCCCCAUAUGGUUUCAAGUAAGUUUAAUUUAAGUUGAAUUUAUUUUAGAUAUGCAAUGGUAGUAUUUUAGUGAAUUUAUUUUAGUGAAUUUAGAUCUAUUCCAAGUAAGCGAAUUUAAUGAAUUUUAGUGAACUUA